AUGGCUGAGGACCCAAGUCAGCACGUCCACAAGGACCUGCUCCCCCAUGUGCACCUCUUGUCUACGUUCCGAUAUGCAUCGAUGCCAAGGGUCGAUUUGCCAGACGUGACUAAGUGGCUUCUGCAGGCGCCAAAAGUUGCCCGCGACACGGCCCCCUUCUACUGGACAUACCUCGAUUGCCCGGCCGAUGGCUCCAUCUUCUUGACCUGGCAGCCGACCGCUCGCCGUGGCUUUGAGUUCGCCAGCGAUGGAUAUGUGUGGGCGGGGCCCGAGGUGUGCUAUGGCCAGAACGCAGGCAAUGGCUUGGUACUGGAGAUCUAUUUCCAGAGGACCGGCUACCGCAUGGGUGAGCAGUUUGCGGUCCACUCGAGACGGCGCUUCCGACUCUGCCCCCCAUCAGCGCCGGUCCCAAAUCUCCCCCAAGUCGACCCCAAUCUCUGGAUCGUUCACUAUGGGCCAGCCGAGAAGUCCGACAGACUGCCUGCCAAUGCGAUUGGCAUUCCGCCCCAGAUGCAGCCGAUUCUGAGCUUCCGUCAACACCUGUUCCAGAUGGGCCAGAUUGUUCGCAAGGAGUUUAUGCUGUCGGAUCGGGUGAACUGGCCCCAGAUUCCCUUCCCUCAGCGCGGCCAGUCAAUGUAUGCGCCGCCUAUGCCGCAGCGCCCUGUCCCUCAGGCUAUGGCUUAUCCUCCGCACGGUGGUCCAGCAAUAGGACCCACACCUAAGAGGAGGGCGGGGCAUCCGCCGCCGGGCCAUCAAGGCCAGAUGAUGGGUGCGGGCUACCAAAGCAACGAGACGGCGUUUGACGACGAGGAGGACAUCUCGCGUGGCGAUAUGUUUGACCAUCUCACGCCGCGCGAAUUGAGCAUGGCUCGGUACCAGCAAAAUCACGAGUGGAUGGAGGAGAUUUUGUCCUCGCCGUACCGUAUCGGCCAGAUUGAGCCUGCGGAUAUCGGUUUAGGGAAGAAAGGGGAGCUCGCCUCACUUACCGAGGGCAUCUUUGAAGCCCCAGGCGCCGACGCACUAGCUUCCGGUCCCAGAAAGCCAUACACUGGCGCCCUCGAUGAGGGCUUGGCAGACCAGUUCCGCAAGCGAGUACAAGCUCGGAACGAAGCCAUGAGGGCCGAGAUUGACCAGCUCAAGGCGCAACACUCGACUAUGCUGGCGAAAUUCAAGGGAAACGCUGCCAUCAAGCAUGCGGAACAAGAAUUGCGCGCCACCACUGAAGGCACUGGUACCGAGUCCUGGCGGCUCGAGGGCAGGCUCGAAGACGACGAAGAAUCCGGCAGUCAAUGGAACAGGAAGACCACCUCGAGGUCGCUUGAUGAGAUCGUUGCCAGUGUUGAGAAGUUGAUAGGCAAGCGUGCUGUGGUCGUCAACGACGUCCAGCGCAUUCAGGACGGCGGCUAUCAGGAGCCGGCGCCCGAACCAGAGCUUCUCCAGCCAGCACCCCAAGUGCCCGGUGCAAUCAACCUAUCAGACCCCAUUUCACGGCAGCCAUCCCAGGCAGGGUCUGGCAUGAUGAUCGGAGAUUCCGACAUCGACAUGGGCGGCACAGCAGCGGGCCUCCUGGACAUGCACACCGGCUUCUCCUCGACCUCCACACCUCUCAACAGUUUCCCAACCCCGCAACCUCACAUGUCCGCCAUCGCUUCCAGUGCAGCGACUCCCUCAAACCUCAACGUCCCUUCCCCUGCCCCAGCAGCCACCUCACAACCCCCCGUCCCAGCUCAACAAGACGUCCAAAUGGCCGACUCAGGACAACCCAAACACACCGACAACGCCCCAGACCAGGGCACCGGCUCCACUUCUACCCAACAACCUGCCACAGCCCAAGCAGCAGCCCCUGCUACAACAACAACGUCGGCAGGAGGCGACGCCGGCAGCAAACCCGCCUCAGCAGCCGCCACGCCCGGCGCCGGCCUGCUCGACGCGGAUAACAACGAUUUCAGCUCGCUGGGCGACCUGGACACGGCCGGCGAUGCUUUGGCGAACUACGACCCCGGCGACGACUUGAACAUGGAUCUAGUGGACUCGGCUUUUGGGGACGCGUUUCACGGGGUCGAGCAGGCCGGUGGUGGUGGUGAGGAGGGGGAUACGCCUGCGGGCGAGGGGAUUUAG